GCCAUUGACUCGACGCGGUCCGCGCGGCGCACCCCAUCGUUCGUGUUCACGCAUUUAUAAAAGUGUUCUCUGUGCCGAUGGACGCGUGCGUGCGUGCAGUGUGAUCACGUACUAGUGGAAACAUUGUUUAUUACCGGUGUACAGCUAGUCGUUGCGUCCUACUGGGCUGAUCGCCAGCAUGGACGCGAUACUGGCAGCGCUCGUUGCUCUUAUGGCACUGGCUGCCGCGAUGGCCGCCGUGCUGAGCACGCUCUCUAAAGCGGCGAUAUUUGCCAUUCUCGCGAUCGCUCCAUGCGUCUACCGUUACCGGAGGGGAAUUUAUGUGAUAAUCAAAACUUUGCCAAGGGAUGUCAAAUUUCUGUGGCGCUACGCUAACGGCAUCGUUCGUUCGAAGCGAUGGGGCCGGCAAGACGCGACCGUGGCCCAGCUGUUCACGCGCCGCGCGCUCAAGUAUCCAGAUGCGCCAUGUUUCAUCGUUGUUGGAGACCGCACCUGGACCUUCGGGGAGAUGGCCGCAAAGUCGAACCAAGUUUCGAGGGUCAUGCAGGAGCAUUUGGGGCUGAAGCGGGGUGACGUCGUUUGCGUGUUUAUGCCCAACUGCGGCGAGUAUGUGUGGACGUGGCUCGGCAUGGCGAAGGUGGGCGCGGUCUCAGCGCUGAUCAACAGCAACUUGAGGCACAAGCCGCUGCUGCAUUGCAUACAAGUCGCCAAAGCUAAGGCGAUUAUCUUUUCCGAACAUCUUGCUGGAGCUGUGGAAGAGAUCCGCUCACAACUUUCUCCUGAUCUGAAAAUGUUCCAAUUAUACGGACAAUGCAAGCCCGGUGUUAUAGACCUUGGCGCUGAAAUGGAGAAGCACCCUCCGGAAUAUCCGAUUGUAACUGAGAAAUUGCACUACAAAGAUACGCUGCUUUACAUAUACACAUCUGGAACAACUGGGAUGCCUAAAGCAGCUGUCUUGCCAAAUUCUAAGUACUUAUUAGUGGUGGUGGCCACCGUUCACAUGUUGGGGCUCAAGUCCUCGGACCGAAUGUACAACGCUUUACCUCUGUACCACACAGCGGGUGGGCUGGUAGGCACUGGUGCGGCUCUCAUUGAUGGCAUACCGUCAGUGUUGCGUGCAAAGUUCUCCGCUUCCAAUUACUGGACAGACUGCAUCAAGUAUGAAUGCACGGUGGCUCAAUACAUCGGAGAAAUGUGUCGAUACCUACUGGCGCAACCUGCACGGCCUACCGACUCCCAGCAUCGGGUUCGAAUUAUGGUCGGCAACGGCAUGCGUCCCGCCAUUUGGCAAGAGAUCGUCGACAGGUUCAAAGUGCCCCAGAUAAACGAGAUUUAUGGCGCCACUGAAGGCAACGCAAAUAUCAUCAACGUGGACAACACAGUGGGUGCGGUGGGUUUCCUCCCAAAGCUGGUGCCCACCAGUUUGCACCCAAUCGCGCUGGUACGCGCCGACGAGCAGGGCUCUUUAGUGCGAGGACCCGAUGGCUACUGCAUUCGCUGUCAACCAAAUGAGCCGGGCAUGUUUAUCGGGUUGAUCGCACAAGGAAAUGCCUCCAGGGAGUACUACGGAUAUGUUGACAAGAGCGACAGCAACAAGAAGCUGGUGCGCGACGUGUUCUGCAAGGGUGACGCGGCGUUUGUGAGUGGCGACAUCCUGGUGGCGGACGAGCUCGGCUACCUGUUCUUCAGGGACCGCACCGGAGACACGUACAAGUGGAAGGGCGAGAACGUCGCCACCGCCGAAGUGGAGGACGCGCUAGCGCCCUCGCUCGGCCAACGCGCCUGCGUAGUCUACGGUGUUUCUAUUCCGCAAACGGAGGGCCGCGCGGGCAUGGCGGCGAUCGCGGACCCGGCGCGCUCGCUGGAGCUGCGGCGGCUCGCGCGCGACGUGGACGACUCGCUGCCCUCGUACGCGCGCCCGCUGUUCCUGCGGCUCAUGAACGACAUCGAGAUCACUAGUACGUUUAAACUCAAGAAGCUACAUUACCAGAAGGAGGGCUUCGACCCAGAUGUAAUUAAGGAGCCGCUCUACUUCCGGUCGGGAGAUGACUUCGUGCCGAUCACUUCACAGCUCUUCAACGACAUUUGUAACGGAAGAGUGAAGCUAUAAGCGGCACCGACUCAAAUAAAAUGCACGUUUACCACCUCUGUGGUAUAUAAAUGAACGUUGCCGUUUGGCAUCGACACACCAUUUUCAUUUGUGCACGGUACACCAUUCAAUUACGCUAUACAAUUUCUAUAAGGGUGUAUCGUAAAUCCAUAUACAAAAGAAAAUAUUAAAACUAUUAUAGUCUCAAAUUUUUUGUAUCUAUCUCACCUCCGUAAGUACCUAAUCAGACAACAAAAGCAUUUAUCCUAAUCCAUUUAUAUUAUUUUAAGUAAUAAUAAAAAUUCUCAAUGAAUAGGGUGGAGGUACAGUUAGUUGAAUUGAAAUACCAAAGAUACAAUUAAAAUGAGAGAAAUAUUGUCCUUGUGUCGUUAAGCUAAGUUCUUUACAUUUAUUGACUAUUGAACUAGAAGACACGACGCUGUAAUAGUGAGCAAUAUUAUAUAUAGUCGUAAGAAUGGUCUGAGACCCCCAUGUAACGGUAUGUAAAAUAUAAUUUGUUAGGUAUCUGAAAAUACUAGAUAAUUGGAAUUUUAUCAUCAAAGUAAUUGCACAGUUUCACGUUAAUAAAAAUUUGAAACGAUUGUGUUGUGAUAUUUGUAAAUUAUAAUUUUAUAUUUAUACACAGAAUAUUGUUAUAAAAUUAUUAAAAUCUUGAAUAAAAACUCGUUUACGAGUGAUAGAAAAUUUUGCAUGAUUAUAAAUACAUUAUAUAAAGUAGAAAUUUACAAUAUCUGCACUGCUUAAAAUUUGUCUGUACUCAUGAUGUUUGGAGUUUUUAAAAAUAGUUUUGUAUCUUAUUAGGAAACGGUGCCUAAUUGGUAUUCGUUUAACAUAUGGUGCGGGGUAUAUAAUAAAGGUUGCAGGGUAGGGAAAUUUCUUUAAGUAUGACAUCAAUGUAAUGACAAUAGAUGAACAAGAUAACUGCAUUCUUAAGUGGUGAUAAUCCAAAGAUAUCUAAUAGCUUCUAGAUAUGGCAUUUCAAUAAUUUACUUCUCUAAAAAGCUUCAAUGUAAAAAAUAAAUUAAAAAAGUUACUGGACUGUGAUCAUCUCGAAAGAGAACAUAUUGGAAAGUUAGUUAUAUUAGUUAAGAUCAGUGCCCGAUCUAGCAAUUUUGCUAUUCUAAGUAAAAAUAAUAUUUGCUGGCAUUGAUAUAAAAAAAAAACGUUGCGUCUUAUUUAAUGAGUACUAGGCAUUUGGCCGGUUUGCCCUUCGCUAGAUUGGACCCUGGUUUGGAUAGCAAUUAGAACACAACAAAGCAAUAAUAAAUCAAUUAUUUAUAUAACUACCUACAAACAACAAAAUAUCUGAAGUACUUUAUAUAGAUAAAUUAUAGUAGAUAGGCAACAUUCCACCAUCUAGUCGUGUAAGAUUUGUUUUUGUCUUUCGCUAUGCACUUUUAUUAAGUUGUUGUUGUUGUUGAGUUCCUAUUGUGAGUACUUUCUGUGAAAUGGUAUUAGUUUUAGGCACUUUAUUUGCAUGGAACCUUUUAGUCUAGGUGGCGCCCUCUAUAUGAUUGUGUCAAAAGUAAUUUACGUUAUAGUUACCCUUUCCAGGCACGAAUAAGCGCUUGUUAUAAUGUUAAUUUAUCAUAUAUCUGUGGGGUUACUCUUGAAAUAAAUUCCAAUAAAUCGAUAUUGAAAUUGAGACGUUUCAAUGCUAGUGACAUAAUGGGUCCAUAUUGUCCUGAUAGAUGCAUAUUAGUGUAACCUGCCAAUGCAAAGUAUUGCAAACCGAUCCCAAUUAUAACGUAAUUCCUGAUUGCUGUUUCAUGAGUGCAGUAUAAAAUUGUUAUUGGCAAUUGGAUUGAUAUCAAUAUUAGAUUCAAGAGUAGACCUGCUGGAAAUUCACAGUAUCUACUGGUUAUAAAUAGUUAUUGCUCAUAAUAAUUUUUUUACACUAAUUGCUCAAAAAUGAGGAUUCAUGCUUAUUGAAAUGCGCGAAGGUUUAUAUUUGUUUAGAAUAGAAUUAUAACGUAAUAUUUUUAAAACAUUUAACGUAAUAAAAUAAAAGCGAUGGCGCCACGUAGCCUAUGACCGGCGCCUUAACUCUAGCAAAUAGCAACGUUGAAAGAUACUCUUGAUCUUAGUAUCGGUCCGUUGAUAUCGCGAAUAAGGUAAAGGCGAUUCCAUUUAGAUUUGUGCCUUGUAACGAGUCCCGUUGCACUGUAGACUAGGUACAUAGUACGCCGUUAACAAUUGCUCCUGAAUAUUAUAAAUUAUAAUGAUGUAAGUUGUAAAUAAAGACAUUAAAAUAUA